UACGAGUGAGUACCACGAACAGCCAACUCCAUCACUAAGUACAUUCUAUUAGGUUCUUAAGGGACACGUAGGUCACUUUUGAGUCGACUCAAAAGUUUCCUGCGGGACACGUGCUACUCUAGUGCCGCCGAGCACGUGGCGUCGCAUUGUGAAGUAGUACUAGCACAUGCGCGGACCGCGAUGACUGUCAUUGAUCUGACACCCACAUGCCGCCGCUCACGACGCGUGGCAACGAGGCGCCGGUUGGCGAAGGGAUGGCGGGCAACGGGGAGAUGGGACGUUGCGAGAGCGGCGGUGGCGCUCGUGGUGGCGAGCUGCUGCAUGCCUCUCGCACGGCCCGCGCCCGUGGUGGACCCUGACAUGGGCGUGUUAGAGGACCUGGCAUCUGUAUGGAGGAGCCUCAGCGGCAGAGACACAUGGGUCAGGGGCGGCGAUUGUGAGAGAAUGGAUCUUGUGCGCUGCGAUAGCAACGGGCACGUCAUCAUUAUCCAGAUAAGCAACAGCAAGAUAGCGGCCUCCAUCCCACAGAGCAUCACUGCUCUGAGAUACCUCGCAUACCUCUCCAUCAAGUACAGCGAGCUCACAGGCUCCCUCCCCGCUGCUCUCUUCACCAUGCCCAGCCUCCAGCACCUUGUUCUAACAGGCAACCAGCUCACGGGUAGCAUACCGGAGACAGUAGGAGUCGCAACGCGCCUGCGUACCCUGGCCCUCAACGCCAACCAGCUCAGCGGCACCGUGCCCUCCUCCCUGGGCGCUCUCUCUUUGCUCACCACCCUCUAUCUGAGAAUCAAUGCUUUCACGGGGUCCAUUCCAGACUCCCUCAGCAAUCUGCGGGUGCUACAGUAUCUCUACUUGGAUCAGAACGCCUUCUCUGGUCCCGUCCCUGCCUUUCUCAACAACAGCCCUAGCCUCAAGCACGUCUUCCUGCAGUACAAUCACUUCACAGCAGAGAUACCCGACUCCCUGGGUGCUCUCACUGACCUCCAAGGGCUGCUAGUAAGUGGCAACCACUUGUCCGGAUCUCUUCCAACUGCAUUGGGCAACUGUGCUUCGUUGAUACUCCUCGAUGUGAGUGGGAACAACAUCUCUGGAUCCAUCCCCACCGCCCUUGGCAACAUCCGAGGCCUGCAGUACCUGUACCUGCAGUACAACAAGCUGAGUGGAUCGCUGCCAGAUGAAAUGUCGCGGUUGCAGCAACUGGAGCACUGGGACGUGUCCAACAAUGAUCUAGGCGGAACUUUGCCCACAUGGGUUGACAAUAUGAAGAAAAUGAGUGUACUUGGUCUGGGCUACAACUUGUUCAACGGCUCUGUUCCAGAGGCAUUGGGCAACUUGCCAAAACUAGCUUACCUGUCACUCAACUACAACGUCCUUUCUGGAUCCGUCCCCGACUCACUGGGGGACCUUACUGGUCUGGAGACAUUGUACUUGGAUCACAACUUUCUGUCUGGCACCAUUCCUGCCUCCCUGGUCAACCUCAACCAAGUCACUACCCUGGCUCUGACCUCCAACUUCUUUGCGGGAACGAUCCCUGCAGCAUUUAGCACACUCACUCGCCUCAAAUACCUCCUUCUGGACAACAACCAGCUGGUGGGCAAGCUGCCCUCUCUGAAGCUCAUGCCGUCCCUCAAGACCGUGGCUGCACGCAGCAACUUCCUCACCGGUGCAGCAGAGGCCCCCCCUCCGUGCCCCACGUACCAGCUGCUGCUGGACUCAAACUGCUUUGCUCGCAACCUAACCAUCUGUGGCAGCCAGCAAACCCAGAGGGACACUGGCUUGUGCAUAUGGUUCUGUGGGAACGACCCCGUUAACCGCCCUUGUAGCGGUUAUGGAGUGUGCUAUUACCAGCAGGGCAACAGUGAUGCCAAGUGUGCUUGUGAUUAUGGUUACACGGAGGGGACUCGUGGUGCCACAUGUGUUCCAGAAGGGCCAUACAUCCCCUCCCUCCUCUCCUCCUACUCGCACCCAAUGGCUCUCUUCCAGUCCGCCUCCUCUGCUCCCAACGGCUCCAUCUUCCUCUCCUCUGCGCCAUCCACUGCAUCAUGGGGAGCAGCCUUCACACAGCAGCCCAUCGCCCUCUUCCUCCCCACCACCCGCAAGGCGCCCUGCGACCAGCCCAUUGCCUUCUCUGUCGAGUUCGCCUUUCGAAUGACCCCUGCUGCCAAUGCUGGCAGUACCGGCAGCAGCACAGGUGGUGAGGGCCUGGCAUUCGUUGUGAGUGCAGCGGCACCGCAGGGGGCAGCAGCGAGUGUGGGGCUGGGGGGAGUGGGGAAGCGGAGUGUGGGAGUGGAGUUCGACUCGGUGCUGAGUGUGAAGCACAGCGACCCCAACGACAACCACGUGGGCGUCAAUGUGGGCGGCUCACCUGUGUCCCUUGCCUCUGCCACGGCCCCUCUCAUCCUCAACGACGCCCAAACUAAGCACGCCUCAAUCCACUACGACCCCACCAGUGGCGGCACUCUCCGAGUCUUCCUCUCAGCCUCCAGGCAGCAAUCAUUGAAACCUGUGCUGACGGCGAGAGUGUCCUUGUGCAGGGCGCUCAAGCCCUCCAUGGGGGAUUCCUCCUUCCUCUUUGGAUUCGUGGCUGCCUCUGCAAAUAAUACUACUCAGAAGCACGACAUCCUCUGGUGGAACAUCGUCACAGGCAUACUUCCUGCUGUGGACUGGCAGAAUGAGGCCCCUGGCAGUGCAUUUGGGCGGGUGGCAUCAGCACAGGAGGUUGCAGCAGGCAGUGAGGGCGAGAGUGUACCCUCCUCCUUCCACUAUGCCAGCCUCGCCUUCAACGCCUACAGCCCAGAUGGUCUGGCCUCUUGGGGACUUCCCCCCUUUGUCUCUUGGAUGUGGGAUGACGCAACAUGGCCCGUGAAGAACCAGUACGGUUGCGCCGAUUCCUCGGUGUUCGCAGUGGUGGCAGCGGUGGAGGCAGCCUACAGCAUCGCGAGCGGCUGGUCGCAGCCCCCCCGGCUGUCUGUGGAGGCUCUGCGCAUGGCCCUCUCGGCCAACUGCGACGACAUGUCUCCCCGCGAUGUGCUGGCCUUCCUGGCGGCUGCCACGCGCAAGGGAGGGGGGCUCGUGGAUGAGGUAGCAGCAGCGGGCGCCAGACAACGCAGCAUGGCGUCCGCGGGCCGGCAGGAGAGGCUGCAGAAGACGAGGUACUAUGGGAUUCAGGGCUUUGAGGAGAGCUCGUUUCACGGAUUCCUGGGGCUGCUGCUGGCAGUGCAGCGGCAGCCAGUGGUUGUGAGAAUAGAGGCAUCCGCACCAUCGUUCCUCAACUACGAUGGGACGUACAAGUACGCGGAAGGCAGCUGCUUCCAGGGGGCGGUGAACCACGCGGUGCUGCUGGUGGGCUAUGCUGUGGAGGGCAGCGCGUCCAGCCCUUUCAGCCUGCCUGCGCCAUUCUGGGUGAUCCGCAACUCAUGGGGCAGCGGGUGGGGGGAUGCAGGCCACAUGCUCAUGGACAUGCAGAGCGGCCCGGGCGUCUGCGGCAUCAACACCCUGCCAGGCCUCUUCCCCAUCCUAAGAUCUGCUGCUGACCCGUGUGGCAGCAAAUCCGUGCAGCUGGCAGCAUCACCGGGAGUGGCAGCAAGCAACGCGUUCAACCCGUGUGGGCAGUUCAAGUGCUCCAAGGCCGGAGCAUCCAACCGCUGUGCCUGUGCUGCUCCCCACUUCGUCCAGGUCUUUCAUCCCGAUGGCUCAAAAACAUGCGCCUAUGUGGACGCCUGUGGGCUGGCAGGCAGUAACCCGUGUGUGGUGGGCACGUGUGUGAACGAUGGCAGGGGCAGCUACUCCUGUGUGUGCCCCCCGGGGUUCUUCCAGGGCACCACAACCAAGAAAACCCUCUCCUGUGCUCCUGGUGACAGCAAGGGCAGCUACGUGGUACUGGGCAGCAAUGUGUGGUGCUCUCACUUGCUGCCUGUGCUUGGCCUCACACUGGACCAACUCAAGCAGCAGAACAAGAAGCUCUCCUGCUCCAAGCCCAUCCCAGUGGGUUCCAAGCUGAGUGUCAAAACGCCGUACUUGCUUCCAAACUGCUCACUCCUCUACACCACCCAGCUUGGCGACAGCUGUGCAUCGGUGGCAGUGCUAUUCGGACUGAGUGAGGGGUGCCCCGUUGAGGGCGAGGCAUGCGGGGAGGCGGUGGUGGGGCUCAACCCCGGGCUGGACUGUGCAGCGCUCACGGGCAGCCAGGCCGUGUGUGUGGAGAGGGAGGAGAGCAAGGCGGGGGUGGUGGCAGUGUGUGAGCAGCAGUACGAGCUGCAGGGCAGUGGCGGCUGCGAUGCUGCAAGGAUGGCCGUGGAUCCACCUCUGAGCCCCUUGGAGUUCCACCGCCUCAACCCCGGCAUCAACUGCAACACCCGCCUGCCGACUGCUUCGAUUGAGGGCUACUCACAGCGCAUGGUGUGCAUUCACAGCAGCACCAGCUACAAGAGUGGCACAUGCCCAGGGGACAGCUACAGCAUGGCAGCUGGAGACAGCUGCAGCAUGAUGGAUGUGAAGGAGUUUGCCAGCAUCAAGGGCUGCUACAGGAAGUUGAAUGGUUUUGAGUGUAUUGACAAGAUGCCCGUUGGAACAACCGUAUGCACCCCAGAUGCUUCUAGUGCCAGGGUAGGGAUGUGCUCAGCAGGGCCACCCCUAACGGACUAGCUUAUUGUGAAGGUUGUAAUGUUUAUUAGUUGCAACUUAGGG